AUGUGGAGACGAACCUACUUGCUCUUACUGCUCAUCCGUGUUUACUUCGCCCUGUCGCCAAGCUACCUCCACCCGGAUGAGCAUUUCCAGGGUCCAGAGGUCUUUGCAGGCCGCGUCCUAGCAUAUCCCUCGCAGCUACCAUGGGAAUUCACCACUUCCCUCCCCAUCCGCAGCGUCUUCCCGCUAUGGCCCAUUUACGAGGUGCCCAUGAGCCUACUGAAAUGGUUCUACACGGAGAUCGGAUCGGGGAGCCCGCCGCCACAGUUGGUCUAUUAUGCGCUGCGCGCCGGAAUGUUCCUGCUCAGUUUUGUGCUGGAAGACUGGGCUAUCUAUGAGUUGGUACCUUCGCCGCGUCACCGGCGCGCGACCGUCGUGCUGGUUGCCUCAUCAUAUGUCACCUGGACAUAUCAGACGCACACCUUCUCCAACUCCCUCGAGACUCUGUUGGUAGCCUGGGGACUGGUUCUGAUUCGGCGCAUCGUCGAGAAUAAGGUUCGUGCCGUCUACCCUCUACACUCUAUCCCAGUGUUGCUACCCUGCGCGACUCUGGGCUGCGCUGGGCCGCGUACUGACCAACUCCAGCAACGCUCCUCCUACUUCUCCUACGCCGUCUUCUCCUUCAUCGCGGUGGUCGGUGUCUUCAACCGUAUCACUUUCCCAGCUUUCCUCCUAUUCCCAGGUCUCCAAUUACUGCCAUACUUCCAACGCAAACCCGCCUCACUAGCAGCAAUCAUCGGCUUCGGACUCCUCUUCUCCUUGACGGCAAUCUAUAUAGACACGAGCUUCUACCGACCCACCGCAUCCAUCCUCUCCAUCAUCCGCGAUCCGAUAAUAACACCACUAAACAACAUCCUCUACAACACCGACAAGAACAAUCUCGCAAUCCAUGGCCUCCACCCGCACCACCAACACUUCCUCGCAAACUUAACCCAGCUCCUCGGCCCAGCAUACAUAGUCAUGAUCCUCUCCCUCUUCAGCCGACCAAUCGUCCCCUUCGCAAUGCGAAACGCCCGCGCUCUCUCAGCCGUCAGCGCAACAUUCAUUCUCUCAAUCUUCCCGCACCAAGAACCACGCUUCCUCCUCCCCUGCGUGCCUUUACUUCUAAGCUGCGUGCGCAUGCACCGCAACCGCCUGUUCCUCGCAACAUGGAUCAUCUUCAACGCAGCCAUGGGCUUCUUAAUGGGCGUCUACCACCAAGGUGGAAUCGUUCCAGCCCAGUUAGCCAUGCGCGACAUAAUAAACACCAACACCGUUGCGCAGGGCAUUAAAUCUGCCCCCGAUGCUACGGUCUUUUGGUGGAAGACUUACUCCCCACCGCUGUGGCUUCUGGGCGCGGAUGGUGAUCAUGCGAGUGCAGAUGCAAGUGCAAGCUCAUACGCAGACGCCGGAGCAAACACAGCGCUAAACAAAACAACCUCAAUCUCAACCUUCGACCUAAUGGGCAUCCCAGGUCCCGAAAUGAUAACCCGCCUCGACUCAUCAGUCCCAACUUGCGGAUCUUCUUCCCCGGUUUAUCUGGUCGCGCCUACAUCCGCCACAUUCCUCGACAGUUACAUCCCAGACUCGUCCGAAACCGAACGAGCCGCGAAUCUCCAACUCUACCGCCUCUGGUCGUACCGUCAACACCUUAACCUUGACGAUAUGGAUUUCGGCGAGGACGGGGUUAAGGAGACGCUUGGGAGGGUUAUUGGGAGGAGGGGGUUGGGUGUUUGGUCUGUUAGAAGGAGGUGUAAAUAA